GGCGUCGGGAGCGCGCACACCGACGGGGUCGCGCCGGUUCAGCCGAGGACGGGGUCCGUCCUGAGCUGAACUCCACGUUACAAAUAGGAGCUGUGCCAUUCCAAGUGGAGCAGAGUGGAAGCGCAGCGCGCGCGCCGGAGAUAAUAUUAAGUAACCGCGAGCAGUGAAUGCGCUUUCAUCAGCGCGCCUGGGUCGGAUCCGGACAGACACGGACGGGCUUUCUGAGGUGGAGAGGACGCAAAGGCACCAGCUGAUUUAAGAAGAGAGAGAGGGGGGAAAAACAUCCCACAGGUGGCACUGUUAUCACAAAGAAAGCGCUACAGAGGAAUCUUUCAGCUUCUGCAGGGCAAAAUGUUUGAGGAGGUGUCUCAGGAGCGAAGGCAGCAGGAGGCGGCUGUGCUUCAUCCCAUGGAUUCACCUGCAACUGCAGGAGGAGGAGGAGGAGCGGAAGGAGCAGCAGGAGCUGCUCUGUCCUUCACGGAUGAAAGUGUGUCCCUUCUGACCUCCAGCAGCCUGUUGGCUCGCUCCCUCCUGGGUCGCACCUCAGCCAGCAAACGCAAGGAGAGUCCUGGGAGCUGCAACCGGCGAAAGCGCGAGUUCAUCCCUCACGACAAGAAGGACGAAGGCUACUGGGACAAGAGGAGAAAGAACAACGAGGCAGCCAAGCGUUCGCGGGAGAAACGGCGCGUGAACGACAUGGUCCUGGAGAGUCAGGUGCUGGCCCUGCUGGAGGAGAACGCUCGCCUCAGAGCGGAGCUGCUGGCCCUCAAGUUCCGCUUUGGUCUGGUUAAAGAUCCCUCCAACACACCCAUCCUGCCCCUCACAGCAGCAGCUCCUCAGCACUCUACUCAAACCUUAACUCCUCACUACUACCUCCAUAAGGAAGAUGAAAAUCUGCAAAGCUCCCCUGCAACGCAUCCCAACAACCUGACCACACAGUCGAGGAGCUCAAGGGAGCCUGGGCACGCCUCAGAGGACUCGGGUUUUUCCACACCAGGUGGGUCCAGUGUGGGCAGCCCAGUCUUCUUUGAGGACCGGCUGAACGACCAUGAGAAGUUUUACCCACACAGAGGAGAGGAGCUGGGCUACGACCUCCAUCAUUCACCCGCCGAUGUCCACCACAGUGCAGAGCUCAGCGGAGGCAGGCUGGACCAAGCUGAGUCGAUGAAAAACCUCCCUCACAAGCUCCGCUUCAAGACGCCCGGAAGUGGCGAGGUAGCGGAGGGCGUCUCCGACUGCACCAGCGCCAGGCGCAGCCCCACCUUCUCUGCCGCGGGACGGGAACUUCCAAGAGUGGCCGUCAAAGGAACGAGCGGUGGCGAGGCAGGACCGGCACCCUGCUCAUGGCUCCAGCAGCUGGAAGGAGAGGAGAGCAAAAAGGAGAAACAGUCCCCCCAUUAUCAUGCUUCCACCGCCAGCUACAACCUCCGUUCUCCUCCCACUCAAGGACACAGUGAGGUCCAGGGCGAAAACUCUAUCCUGAAGUCUCAGCUCAGCUCUCUGAGCGAGGAGGUGGCACAGCUAAAGAAGCUUUUUACUGAGCAGCUCAUGGCCAAAAUCAACUGACGACCAAAGCUAUUGUAUGCCAAUAUUUGGACUUUUAAUAAAAAAAAUACUUUUAUUGUUUAAAAAAAAGUGUUUGGUAUUUACCACUAAAGAAACAAGGCUGGACUAUGCAGGCGUUUUCACAGACCUUCAGGUCUGGCUAACCCAGUGGAGGAUUUUAUGUUGGAUCCGUCUGUUCUCACUCUCAUAGUAUCAACCGUUGAAUUUACUGUAAUCUCAGCUCCCUAGCACUGGUGCUGUGAAGCUCUGUUUGCAAAGGUGGGACAUGUGAAAGUGUGUCUCUUUUCUUUACACUGUGACAGCAAAAAAAAACAAAAACAAAAAAAAAAAUUCCACCCCACAAUAACCGAGAACCUCACACCGGAAACCUAACAACCGUCAGACUUAACAGGUUCAGAGGAGAGGGGUACGCUUGUCGGCUUCUCCCUCAGCGUUGGAUCUGAUUUAUGCCAAGCAUGUUGUGAUGUUUCAACACUCUGAUAAAAAAAAAAAUCAACAAAAACAAACACUGUAACUUGUAUCGUUUCAAUCCAGUUUUCUGUCUUAUCAUAUUUGACUGAUUCCUCAUUGUUUGUUGUUGUGUUUGUUGUUGUAUUUUCAUAUUAAUAAAUUAUACAUUUGACAGUUGGAGUA